AUGGCCGCUGAGACAACCACCGCGGUGACUGGUACACAAACUCAAACUUUGACUUCUGUCAGUAGCCCUUCAUUCAUUCAGAGAUUGUUAGAGCAGUGGUUUCAAAUCAGUGCAUCGGGACAUGUCACAUGCUCUAGGAAAUCGAUUUUUCUACUUUCACAAUUGCGAACUACCGUGAAAAGAUCACCAGAACCACUGAUCAACGAUGCACAACUUGACGCUAGAAAUCCGCCACCAAUUCCUCCAUAUUUGAGUAUAUUCGCAGCUUCUAAGAUAUCAUCGGCUUGCAGUUGUUUGUCAUUGCCAACUCCCAGCACUACCGUAACAUCCACUGUACAACAAACUAGUACUGCGACUUCCACGCCACCUGCUGUCACUUCUCAAGUUCAAACAGUCACUUUUGUCACAGUAACGACAACAGCUAUCAAUACUAUUACUGAAGUUCAAACGCUGACCAAAACGAUCUCUACCACCACAACUGCGACCACAACUACUACCGUGAUUGUGACAGAAACUCCAACACCACCGGUAGCCUACUGCGAUCAAAUGACAACUCCUGGUCCAUACUCCUUCCUUUUUGGUGGACCAGCAUACAAUGAGAUCUACACCGGAGAUUACAAUCUACGCAAUUGUUGUAGGAUCUGCUGGGACAUUGAAGAAUGUGUCGCUUUCACAUUCGAAGGUAGCGAACCAGACCAAGUGGCGUUCUGUAGCUAUUCUCUUAGCGUUACACCUACUGUAUCACCCAUUCCGAAUCCACCGUCUUACUGUCCAUCCGGCGUCGAAGAAGAGGAACGACUUGCAGACCAAACCUUUUUUGCUUAUACCUAUUCUGGACCUUGCGAUCUUGCAGGUGUACAGUAUGUUAAUGGCGGCUAG